UUUUGGAACGCAAAAGCACGCGAAGGAAUACGUAGUACAUGUUGUGUGUGAAGAGAAGGUGGUACGUUAUUGUCGUCGGGACAGGUUGCUCUACUUCACAAAACUUCAGUUCAACACAAGCGCGGGAAAGCAGCGAUAAAAAUGCCGCCAGCCUGGGCUCAGCUGAUACUGUUACUGCUCCUCACCAACUAUGUCAUUUCUGCACCAUUGGCCCAGGAUUCAGGAAAUAGAGAGGAACCAAAAUCUGACUUACCUGUGGAAGAAUUGGAAAAGUUGAAAGGUGAAGCCAGUCAAGAAAAUACGGAAAUGAAAAGCGAGCACAUUGAAUACCAUAGACUCGACGCAGUACAAGCAAAUGGAGAAGUUGUGUCACGCGUGGAACAAAAGGGAUCAAUAGACACCGUUGGUGAUGAGAAGCCUCGGGUACAUUCUGAAACACAGCUAGAUUUGAACAGCAAAGGAAUACACAAGACCGUGGUCCAGGAUGAUGCACAUCUUAGCAUAAUGGACGCUACGCCAACGACUGCUGCUAAUGAAGAACAAACCACUAAGGUGUUUCACGGUGCCGCUCGUCUUGUACAAACCGGAAUGGGGACCUCUAAUCCUACCAACGGCCACACUGCUGUACGCCGGAAUUACAAUUCCGACAUCACAAAGGACAUCAAGAAUAAUAUGGAGCACUACGCAGGUUACUCUGGCGUGCAAUACUCACCGCUAGAAAUGGCUGAAUACGUGUUCUGGACUGGCGAUGAACGCGGGGUCACCAACGCUAUUGAAGAAUUCUUACAGGAAGGAAUGAUGAGUAAAGAAGAAGCGAUUGCGUUUCUGCAAGAGAUUAAGUUUGACAUAGAGUACUUGCGGGCGCACUACUCACAGACGAUCAAGGCUGCCGAGGAAAACGCUCAACAGGAGAAACUUGCAAGCUUCCUGAUGGACAAGACCGCAAAGGAAUAUCCGUACCGACCGGUAUCGCUUCAGUAUCCGAUCGGAAUCAGCUCGGAUAUAAGCCGCCAACUCAGCGGAAAGACCUGGGAGAUCAGCAACAGUAUUGGCGGAGCGUCCUUGCCGGUCUCCCCUCCGGAGAUUGUGAAGAGAGCAUAUGAUCCCAUGCUACAAACUAAUAUUGUUGGAACCUCGGAUUACGACCGCGACGGGCCUGCCCUUAGUGAAGAAGAAUACGAAGAAAUGAUGGAGAAAUUAAGAGCAGCUGAUUCUCUUUACACAGAGUACACACUGGAAGAAAUAAUUUAUCAACUAGCUAAGAUGAUGUUCUCGCAGUCGCUGUCUCGCGGUGCGGGGGCAGCGGGGGACGCGGGAGGAGCCGCGCGCCGGUUCGUCACGUUCCUGGAGCUGGAGGCGGCGCAGGGACACCUGUCCAGGUCCAUCGAGAAGAGAGUGCUAGACAUAAUGAUUGCGGCUCUGACAGACACCCUCGGCGAUCACCCGGAACUGAUGCAGCAGAGAGAGGCCGGUGCUGUCAGCCCCGCCAACCGAAUAAUGCGCCAGUUCCUGGAAGGCAGUACAUCUGAGCCGGGAGUGUCCCGCGCUGUCCUCGCCUCCUACAGGGACGAACUACUCAACAACUCGCCCUCGCACAAGCUUCCCUUCAACAGAAACUAAUUCAAACAUAACAUUGUUUAUCUUAGAUACUUUCAAAGUAUUUAAUAACAUCUUUGUAGAACAUAUUUAACGUAUUUAGCUUAUAAAAAGAUAUAUAACCUUGGGAAAUCUGUUCACCAAACCGUCUCACACCGUGGUUCCAGAACCGUGUCAGACAAAAAUAUUUAAGACAACUACCGGUCAAUCACUGAGCAACGCUGUCGCGAGCCAUGCACGGAGCGUCAGCAAUUUUCGGCGAGACCAUCUUGCUCAUGCCGAUUAUUUCCAUGCAUGGCAAGUGACGUUGCCUAACCGGAGUGAGCUGGUCAAAACUGGUUAGGAUGAGCGUUCCGAGCCCGUUUUAUUAAUAUCGACAAUUUUUAGACCUAACAAUAAUUAUUAUUCAUUCACCAUUUCCAACACGCCACACGAAAUCAGGUAAACCAUCUACUACAAGAGAACGGAACUGUCAUCCUUGAAGCUAUUCUUGAUGUGCUCAUAACACUGUCAUGGUAUGAGACGGUGUUUGUGGGCAGACUGCUCUAAAUGGUGAAAAUAUCACAAAUUGAACAGUGCUUUGUAAACAAAACGUGGCUCCCUAUUCCAGAAGUUGUCACAAUACGUAAUCAAUUAGUGUGUGUUUUGUCACUGUCUUCAUAACUGUGUCUGAAAGAGAUACAAUAUACUUGAUUACGGAUCACGUACGCCUAGUGACGCCUUCUGGAAUAUGGACCUAAUAAGAAUAUUAUGUAUACCGACAGGUUUCAUACGAACAUUAUGUGGUAUUUGUGUAUUCAAAUCGCUUUUUUAUAUUUUGUCUUCUAGCGUGCGCCAUCUACAUACUUUUAUAGCCUAUAGUCUAUGGAAAAUAUUGGCGGCCCUCUCUACUAUUGACAACUUACACGUACAUAUUAUUGUGUGCUUUUCGUUUUUAAGUAAGUUAAGCCUAGUACAAGUAUUAUAAAAAUAUUUUUCAUAAAUAUAAGCAUUUAAAGGGCCCGUAUGGUACAAUUUAAAGAUUAUAUAGAUGAAAAUGAAACUGGCCUUUUAAAGAGGUACCUACCGAGGUACUAUGUGGAUAUCUUUAACUUUAGUUAAAUCAUUUUUGUAACAAUAUCUAAUGGCUACAAAUUUGAACUUCGUUUCAUCGCAGUCGAUAUCGGUAUGAUAGGAUUUAGAGCCGCAUAAGGAGAAUGUGACUGAAAUAUUUAACGCGCGCAACUGGGACAGAUAUAAAACUUGUUGUCCCGAUCUUGUUGCGAUCACAUCAAUUAUGAUUCUAGUUGGGUACAAAAAUGAGACCUUAAUUAUUAUCUCACGAUGAAGGUACCUAAAUGUUCAGAUCUACCCAUGGGUUGGGUACCUACAUGUUUUCAGGGUUUUACUUUUAUGUAAGAUAAACAUUGUGGAGUUUGACAUUAAAUAUAGCUAGUAAAGUUUAAGGUAGCUCAAUUUUAUUAGCAGGUUUUACAAAUGCUCCAUUUUUGACAUAGGUACGUUACGUCGAUAUUUUGCAAUCUUUCAUAUUAACUAUGUAUCAUUCGUUCAUAUUUGACAAUCAGGAUCAAUACCGAUCUGAUGCCAAAAUGACUAGGUUCAUUAGUUAAGAUCCAUACCACAAAACACUUUUACUCUAACGAGGAUCCAUACAGAACUAACGUCUAACAUAAAAAUUACUGCAAAAUAAUAGGAAAUCAGGAAACAUAAAAUUGAAAACAAAAGUUUCAAAUUUAACGGUUAUAGAUUAUGGUUAAAUAAUAUGAAAAAUUAAAAUAACAACAUUUCACGUCGAAUUUUCGUGAGCGUUCGAUAAGUACCUACUUACAUAAAUAAAUAAAUACCGUGUGAUGGAAUCUUGAACUUGUCUGACAGUCUAAGGUUGAUUACAAGUUUAUUUUCUUUCUUGUUUUUUAUUUAUGAAACUGAUCGUUCGUCUAACAGCAAGGUUUUAAAUUCUCGAUAAUACAAAACUUGCAGUUACACAAUCUGUUUUCUUGUUCAGUGAUAUAAGAAAUACCUAACAAUAAUUAAUUUAUAACAAUUCGUGCGUUCCAACAAGCGAUACAACUGUUAUUGAUGAUAGUAUUAGUGUGUAAUGAGAUAAUAGUUGGAAGUAUUUUACAGACUGCUGGUACGCAGAAUUACAGACAAUAACGACUACGAAUAUUGUAAACUGUAGACAAAUGAACAUACUUGCGAGUUCAAGUUACCCGCCUGGAACACGCAAGUUCUGGUCGUUAUCGAAAGCUGCUCUUGGUAACUUCAACCAGCCGUCCCUGCCGCCGUUGCACAUGAGGAAUGACACCCUGUGCAAUACAGCAAAAGAGAAAGCCGAUCUUCUGUGCGCUCUUCUUGCCUACAACUCGACUCUUGACGACAACGAAAAUACACCGCUGACCUUCCCGCGGUGUCUGUACGUUCAGACAGAAAACUGUUCGGCGAGCUCUGUUUUCGUUGGACGUCAGGAAUUCGAGCGGGCUGGAUGGCAUUUCUCCAAAGCUUAGAAUGUGUGUCUCUGAGUUGACGCCGGUGCUAAUGCGUUUAUUCCGUCACUCUCAUACUAAAGGCGUAGUCCCUGACUCAUGGAAAUCAGCCCUUGUCCAUCCGAUCCAAAAAAAAGGAGACACUUCGGAUCCGGGAAACUACAGGCCUAUUACUAUCACAUCCCUGCUCUCCAAAAUCAUCGAUAGCAUAAUUAACCGCCAGCUCUUGGUAUACCUAGAAGGUCACCAGUUGAUCAACUACCGACAGUACAGCUUUCGCCAUGGUCGGUCGGCAGGCGAUCUUGUGGUAUACCUAACAUGUAGAUGAGCGGCGGCUAUCGAAAGCAAGGGGAAAGGCCUGGCAGUUAGCCUGGAUAUAGCAAAGGCCUCGUGUAUGGCACAAGGCACUCCUCUCACAACUUCCAUCAUUUGGGCUUCCCGAGAGCCUAUGCAAGUGGACCUCCAGCAUCCUCACUGGGCGCAGCAUACAGGUUAAUAACCGUUAUCAACGGUUAUUGCUUGAAUUCCAAGUCCGAGAACGCUGGAGUGCCCCAAGGCUAUGUGCUAUCUCCCACACUGUUUCUUCUGCAUAUCAAUUUAUAUGUUAGAUACCUCCAACAUACAUUAUUAUUUAGACGACAGCAUGGGCGAUGCCGUAUACACGGGCCAUGCAGGUCACUUUAGGGAAAUCGACGACCAGUGCCGGGAAAAACUUGAGAAGGUCGCGGAAUGGGGUAAAUUGAUCCUUGUCCAAUUUAACCCCCAGAAUACUCAAGUUUGCGCGUUUACCACUAAAAAAAACCUCCAUUAGUCGUAUCACCUCUCUUCGAUAACACAUCCCUUAAAGCCUCGCCUAGUAUCGGAAUACUGAGUCUCAAAAUCUCGAGCGCUUGCCAAUUCCGUGGCCAUCUGGACGGCAAAGCAAAAUUGGCUUCGAAGAAGCUGGGCGUUAUUAAUAGAGCACGGCAAUACUUCAAACCACAUUCUAGCGCAUGUCCCACCACACAUCUGGCGCACCCCAGUAUCAGUUCGAUCCAUUUGACCGCGUGCAACGCAGAGCAGCUUGAAUUGUCGGGGACCCCUGUUUCCGAGACGAUUCGACAUGGGUACCUUCAAAUAAAGCGCGUACACCUUCCUUAAAGGCGGGCAACGCUCCUGUGAUUCCUCUGGUGUUGCAAGAGAAUGUGGGCGGCGAUCACUUUACAUCAGAUAACCCGUACGCUUGUUUGUCGUCCUUUACCAUAAAAAAACGGUCAGGAAAACGCACAGGAUAAGCUAUUCUUUUCUCGCUCGUUCAUACAAUUUUUGAUUGAAACCUCGUGGUUAGAAAGGACUAACCCGUGAGCCGUUCAAUCGUGGGAUCUUGCGACCCGAGACUUAUACGCUCAUUCACGAACGAAUAAAAUAAUAUCUAGCCUUAUCGUUAUAUGUGAUAUCAAAUUUGUAGUCAUUACUUACCCCGUUAGACAGAAUUGCUAAGUAAUAUUGCUAGGUAAUAUUAACAAAAUUUUAUUAUUAUCUCCAUUUAGAUAUUUUUCUACUAUUUAAAAUCUUUCCAAUUAAAUAAUAAAAUCUUUCCAAUUAAAUAAUAAUGCAGUGUACAUUUUUCACAACAAAUCUAAUAUUUAUUAUAAUUCCUCCAUUCAAUUUGUGUGAAAUUUUUGUAUGCAUAUCAGGUAGGUCUGAAAAUCGGACACCUAUUUUUUACACCCCAAAUUUUUUUUUAUCAUUUUGUAUUACAAUACAAUGUUUCCUGGGGCAGUUAGUAACAUAUAAAAAUCAAGUAAUUUAUUUUUUUUCUUUAAAUAUCAUUUAGUAUUUGAUGUAGUAUUUGAUGAACCCAAUGCCGAUAUUCAUUUACAAAUAAUCAGUAAAUACCUGAAGUAAUGUCAAUGGCUAAGAUUAAUGGAUAAGCCUUACAUGUUACUCAGGAUAUCAUAGUGUACACUGCAUUAGCCUGGUCAAGUUGUGUCACCUAUCCACCUACUUCCUGUAGCUUAACGCUAAUUCAUAAUUAGUUAGUAGAAAUUAUUUUAUCUGUAAGAUUUGUAUAUGGUAAUAGCAUUGUUUGUUAUAAUGCUAUAUUAGAUAUUUAUUAUAUUUAUAUUAUUCUUUGACAUAUAUUAUGGAUUUAAUAAAAAAGUUAAUAUUAUCA